AUGGCGCCGUAUGAGGCUUUAUACGGUAGAAAGUACAGGUCACCUAUCGGUUGGUUCGAUGUUGGCAAAACACAACUAAUGGGUCCAGAUCUAGUCCAACAAGCAGUGGAAAAGGUAAAGCUUAUCCGGGAGAGAUUAUUAAUAGCCCAAAGUCGACAGAAGUCAUAUGCAGACAGCCGACAUCGACUGUUGGAGUUUCAAGUAGGCGAAUGGGUGUUUUUGAAAGUAUCUCCCAUGAAAGGAGUAAUGAGAUGUGUAGGUGACCUGUCCCAAGUGCAUUCCGUGAAUGGCAUCCAAGUCACUAAAGAACUAGCCUACGAAGAACAGCCAGUCGCCAUCCUAGAUCGGCAUAUUAGGAGGUUGCAAACUAAAGACGUAGCCUCGAUUAAGGUGUUGUGGCGAAAUAGAAAUCGGGAGAAAAUGACCUAG